AUGUCUGAACCGAUCAAUGGAGCUCGUUUAAAUCCUUCUUCAUCCUCUUCAAAUAUUGUGAUGGAGGAGGAGCAACAUGAAACAAACGGAGAAGAAGAAUCCACUAUGCCCGGGGCAGAUAGCAUUACUACUAAGGAACAAAAUGAAGAUGUCAUUGAUGGAGAAGAAAACAACAACAACGCAUCAUUGUUGAGUAAUGAAGAGGGAAAUGAGAGCCCAACAGUUGGUUCACCAAACAUAAAGGACGGUACAUCAAACGAAAAUAAUACCCAAGUUGCUCAUCAACUCGAAGUGCCCAUCGUAAUUCAAGAUUCAAGAACUCAGAUUGACGAAUCUGUCGGAGUUAUUAAAUCCAAAAUUCGAGAUGGCACAAAACUUGUCACCAAUGUAAAAGUAGAAAGUGAUAUGGAAGAAAAUAAGAGACGACUCAAAUAUGAUGUAAAGAAAGAGGAAAUACAACAAAAACUGAAAAGUGAGGCUAUUGUAAGCUCGAAAAAGAAUGCAGCCAUCCAAAUGAAAUGGCCUUCUUUAUACGAGAAGAAAACUCAUCAAGAAUUAAUGGACAAGCUGCUAGAGCAACAAGAGAUGUGUUUGAAAGUCAUAGAGAGUAAACAAGCUCUUAUUAAGGAGUUAGGGCAUGAACUCAAGCAACGAGACGAAGAAUAUGUAAAAGCCUUAAAAAAACAAACUAAAGAUUUAGAUACUCUGAUUGAGAGAAUGAACGCUCAGGUGAAAGAUCUCACCGACUUGUACACUUUAGAGCUGACAAGAAUAGAAACGUCUUUUGAAAAAGAGAGAAAAGAGUUGAUCAAACGAAAUUUAGAUGAGUUUCAAGCAAUAGCAGAGGAACGAAGUAAAAAAGAAGAGAACUAUGCGCUAGGUAGAAUUCAAAAGGUUGACGAAUACGAACAACAGCUCAAAAUACUGGCAGAUCAAGAAAUGGAAAAGUAUGCCAAGAAGAAGAAGGAACUCUUAGAUGAAAUUCAUGAAUAUGAGCAAGAAAUUGACUCUAUAAGAGGUGAAUACCAACUCAUGGCUCAAAAAUUAGAGUAUUAUUUUGAAGUCCUUGUGGACAGAGUGGAGGAUAACAAGACCGCAGUUCGAAACAAUAGAGCUCUCUUGGCCAAGUUACAGGACCAGCUGAGUGGUAUCAAAGCAAAGUACAUUCGUGACGACAACAAAUACAAGGCAGAAAACAAUGAGACGACAGAACAGUUUAAAAGGCUCAGCAUUCAAUAUAAGGAUCUACUACAAAAGUUUAAAUAUUUUGAAGAAGCUGACACCAAAAAAUAUAAGGAUAUUUGGAAAAUGAAUCAGGAAAUUGUGGAAGAUUUGGCAGAAAAAUUAAAAAAGGCUGAUGAAAUUAUAACCACUCAACAGCUUGGCCUCAAGUGGAUUCCUCCUGAGGAAGACAUCAAAAGCAUACCUGAAAAAACACAAGAAUAUACUACCACGAUUCAAGAAACGCCAGUCAACUUGGAAACCUCUUUUUCAGAAUCUGUGAGCGAGUCAUCCAAAGAUACGACUAAUAACACCAUGUCUCCAGCAGGAGAGACAGUUCGGUUAAUAUUUGAGACACUUUGCGACAGUGCAGGAUUUUUAGUGGAGGAAAAGGUUGAAAAAUUACUACUGAAAUUGCCACCAGAUGAGUCAAAAGUGUUGAAAGUGGAUAAUAUUUUGCGGGUUAUUGGUAUUGACACACCUGAAGAAACCACCAAGAUGAUUAACUUUUUUAGCCAAUGUAUAGAGGAAGAAAAAGGAAGUACAGAAGAGCUUCAUGACAUCUCUACAGAGUUGCUUAUUAAAAUACUGCGAAAAUUUGUGGAAGAGCAAAAUAAGAAGGCACUGAUGGAGCAAAAUGAAACUGGAAGAAAAAAGAAGGUGCUGAGCACUGUUGAAAAAGCAAAGGACAGAAAACGUAAAGAGGAACGCGAAUUUUGGAAAAGAAUGGCACAAAUUAUUCCAGAAUCGAGGUAUAACGUUUGGGGAGCUCUCGAGCGAGGUUUAGAAAAAUAUGGUGAAUUGCUCGCAAAACGAGAAAAGCUGAUCACAGAAACAGAAAUGAUUCGAAAACAGAAUAAUGAGCUGAGAGACCUUUUAAAUCAGUACAUGCAACAGAAAAUCAACGAGGAACUUUUGGUGCCAACUCAAAAGAUGCUGUAA